UCUACUGCCGAGUGCACCUGAAGACAUGAAGCUUUUCAUUUUCCUUUUUGGAGUGGCAGCUGCCCUCAAAGAGGAUGGCAAGAUUGUUGGCGGCUACGAGUGCCCAAAAAACUCUGUGCCGCACCAAGUGUCGCUCUUCGAUGGGUACAACUUCUGCGGCGGGAUUCUUCUGUCUGAUGAGUGGGUGCUCUCUGCUGCACACUGCAGAUCAAAGUCAAAUGUAGAAGUCCGACUGGGAGAGCAUGACAUCUGGGAACCUGAAGGAACUGAGCAGCACAUCAUGUCCUCCAUGUUCAUUCGCCAUCCUGACUACAAUCCCCGCACGCAGGAUAGUGACAUCAUGCUGAUAAAGCUGAGUCAACCUGCCACUCUGAACAGCUAUGUGAAACCUGCGGCGCUUCCUUCCGCCUGCGGCAUUGAUGGGACUUUGUGCCAGGUAUCUGGAUGGGGGAGUAUUCGUCCCAGCAAUGAGGGUUCAAGGUUUCCGCAUGAACUGCAGUGCCUGGAAGUCCCUCUCUUGAGUGAUGACACCUGCUUUAACGCAUAUCCUUUUCAAAUCACUGAAAAUAUGAUCUGUGCCGGAUAUCUGACGGGAGGGAAGGAUUCCUGUCAGGGGGACUCGGGGGGUCCCCUGAUAUGCGAUGGAGAGAUCCAAGGCGUUGUGUCCUGGGGCCAUGGCUGUGCUCUGAGAAAUAAGCCUGGAGUCUACACAAAAGUCUGUAACUACGUGUCCUGGAUCAAGGAGACGAUGAAGUCUAACUGAGCAUGUGAGAAAUCAAAUCUGGAUCAUAAAAAUCAACAACAAGGCGA